CGACGGUUCGUUGGCGGUAAAUAGACAGACGGUUUUUUUUUGGCUCGCAGCCAAGCAGCAGAAAGCCUAGAACGGUGGAUAGACUCCACAUGCCGGUUGUGGUUGGCGUUCGCUAAAGUCAGUGCAUGCAAAUACUAGUUGGAGUCCGAUUACGUACGACGACAAGUGACGUUUGGGGUUCAUUCAAGUGCAGCGCGGUUUUAGUGCAAAUUUGGCGGUGAAGCAGAAGCAGCAACAGUGCAAAUACCGGCGACCGGUUGUAGUUGCCGGUGCAAGUGCGUUCGGUGCGUUAGUGAACGGGUGCUUAGCUGCGUGCCGCACAGUGAUUGAUUGACGUCUGUCAGAUACAGUUGCAAUUGCGUGUCGCUGACAUUGUGUACGCUUCAUUACGUGCGCUGUGGUUGCCGAGUUUGUUUAGCGUUGAGUAGGCGUUUUGUGUUCGCUUGUGAAGUAAAAUAUGACUUACAUACAUACAUAUGUAACUAUGUAUAAAUUAGGUGCAUGUGUACUCACAUAAAUACUCUUACUUUGUGCCGGUAAAAUUCGAGAUUUUGUUGCAAAGUGUUUUGUGGCAUUUAAUGGUAAUUCAAUACAAUGUUUAAUAAUACGUGCGUACACAUGUGUAUGUAUUUAUCUAUAUGAAAGUGAGCAAGUCAAAACAAUUCCAAAGGAAUAUACAUACAAUAAAAAUGCAUAAAUAUGCAUUUGUGAUUUGAAAAUAAAACAAACUGAAUUUUAUAUUUCUAAAUGUUUGCAUGCUGGUGUCGUUUACAUUGGCGAUACUUGUAGGCGCAGGUAUUAACUCGUCAUGGGUGAAUUAGUAAUGCAUUGAAAAACUAAAAAAUUGAAAGAAAUUAAUUUCCACGACAAAGCCAAAAUAAAGUUUUCAAACAAAAUUGAAUGAAAAACUGAAAAAACUGUAUGCAUAUGUGUUCAAAUUAAAACAUAAUUUCCGAUGCACUACAAUUCAAACAGCAAAAAAAAUUAAAUUCACGCUAAAGAGUAACUUCAAUUAAAAAAAAAAAAAAAAUCACAAAUUUAUGGGCUUAAAAGAAACAAAAUAAGUGCUUCAUUAAUUGGUAGCACUAGAAAAUAAAUAACCAAUGGUUGUUUGACAUUUUUCUACUUUAUUAAAAGUUCAUAAAAACAUUGGUGUAAUAGUGGAAUAACAACUGUUUCAAGCCUACCACUAAAACACUAAUGGUGCCAUAAAUCAGCGGGAUAUAGAAAAACUAUCAAAUGAUACUUCGUCAUGCAUUUACAUACAUAGAGCAUUCAUCGAUCUAACGCUUACAGAUGCAGCUAAAGGAGGCAUUCAAAGCUGCUGAUAAACCAUGGGGUGCAAUUAAAUCGAACUGAAAUAAAAAAUUCAACGAAUUGAUAUAAAUUAGUGAUACAUAUUUAUGUAUAUAUUGAAGGAUGUGCAAAUAUCACUAAAUCAAUAAAAUAGUGUUCUCUGAGUGUCAUAAAUUUUAAAAAGUGUGUAACUAAAUUGAAAGAAAUUAGGUUUUGAAAAGUUUAGUGAGUGUUUUAAAAAGAUAAAAGCAGAAAUAAAAGUGAUUUUUAGCGCUAAUGUAACACCAAUACCCCACGGUUUUUCUGUAUGCAUGUACGCACAUACAUACAUACAUACAUACAUACAUACAUAUGAAGUAAAAUCAGUACAGUCAACAUACAGCCGGCAGCAGCAAAAUGAAUUGCCUCUGUCGACCAUCGCGUAUUAUGUCCGUGCGGAUAAAUCUGCUGGACGAAACAGAUUUUAUACAUGAAAUAAAGGAUGAUUUACCGGGCCAAGCAUUGCUGGAUGUUGUUUUUGCCAGACUUAAUUUAAUCGAAACUUCAUAUUUUGGCAUACGCUAUAUUGACGAGGAGAAUCAGACGCAUUGGCUCGAUCCAGCGUCCCGGAUAUCACGCCAACUUAAGCCUAAAGUGGAUCCGUAUGAUUUAUAUUUCGGUGUUAAAUUCUAUGCAGCUGAUCCGUGCAAGCUACUCGAAGAAAUUACGAGGUAUCAACUCUUCUUACAAGUGAAACAGGAUGUAUUACAAGGCAGACUACCAGUCGCUUUCGAAUUGGCUGCAGAGCUGGGCGCAUUCGUAGUGCAAUCUGAAUUGGGUGAUUACGACCAACGACGCCACUCCAAAGGCUAUGUGUCCGAGUUUCGUUUGCUGCCGAAUCAGAGUAGCGAACUGGAAACACGUGUCGCUGAACUUCAUCAGCAAUUAAAGGGCAUGUCACCGGCGACGGCGGAGCUAAAUUAUUUAGACAAAGUCAAAUGGCACGAUAUGUAUGGCGUGGAUCUGCAUCCGGUGCUGGGCGAGGACAGCGUCGAAUAUUUUCUGGGUCUGACGCCAAGUGGUAUUGUGGUGCUGCGAAAUAAGACGACAGUGGCUCAUUACUUUUGGCCGCGUAUUGCCAAAGUUUACUACAAAGGACGCUACUUCAUGCUACGGAUAAGCGAUAAAAAUAAUGAGCUCAGCACUUAUGGCUUCGAAACGCCACGCAAAUCUGCUUGCAAACAUUUGUGGCGCUGCUGUGUGGAACAUCACGCCUUCUUUCGUAUGGUGCGCAUUGCGCCAUUGCCGAAUUCGCAAUCGAAUAAUUCGGAUUUAUUUCAACUUGGCUCGCGUUUUCGUUACAGCAAUCGUUCCGAGAAGCAGCCAUCAGCAAAGGAUGCCCUCUCCUUGGGCCGCAUACCGCCAGCGUUCACACGUGUCCCAUCCAAACGCCAGCCAAGACGCGUGAUUGAUGACUUUCUAAGCGGCAGCAGGAGCGCCAACAACGCCCUGAAUGGCAUCGGUGUCGGUCAUACGGGCAGCAGCGUUACCGAUGGCGGUGGUGGCGGCGGCGUUAGCGUUGGCAGUUAUUACAAUGGCGGUGGCGUCGGAGCGGGAUUGCAAACGGCCAGCAUGAUGCCAAACAACAACUACGAGAGUCCCUACCGCUCCACCUACAGCAUACCAACCAGCCUCGGCAUACGACCCUACCAUCAGCAGUCGCAUUUAGGCAGCAACGGUGGUGGCAGCGUCUGCAAUAGUAAUUUGCAAACACCUGAUUCGCCGCGCAGCACGCGCAGCGCUCCAUGGCCACGUUCCCAGCAGCGCUCACUAUUUGGCAAUAAUCCCUCAAGUCCGCGGUCGGUACGAUCGGCCAUCGCAACAGGUGGCAGUAGCGGUGGUGGCGGUGGAGGUAGCGGCUCGCAUCAUCACCAUCAACACCACCAUCAUAAUCAGUCCGGCUCAGCGUCGCAGAAUCGACAGUCAUCGCAUUCGGCGCAUCGCGAUCACGUCUCUUCAUCUUCAGCAUCGGCUAAUCAGCAACGUUAUCGCUCGAGUUCGGUGGAGAGUCAUUCAUCAAACGAUUCACGUUCGACGCGCAGGCAUAGGCAUCGUCAUCGGCGUACAUCCGAUAAUGAGAGCGAAUUAUCGCGUGGAUCUGGCCGUUCAGGUCGUUCGCAUCAUCGCAAGCAUCGGCGUUCGCGUCAUCGUCGUGACUCAGCCGGUUCUGAUCAUGAGAGCACGCGCGGUCGCAGCUAUUCGGGACAUCGUUCGUCUUCGGUGCGCAGCGGUUCGGCGGAGCUAAUCGAUUCCACAUCACAAUGGCGCGAAGUGCAACGCCGCCAAGCCGAAGCUAGUCUGGGUCAAAGUUCCGUGCAGCAAGCGUCAGUGUCGAAGAGUAGUAUGGUGGCGCGCAGUCUGCACAGCAACGACAGUCAUUCGGAUACACACUCUCAUCACAAAUCGCGGCGACACCGUAAGAAUAAAUCUCCAUCUGAUUCGCGUAAUCGCGUUUGGUCAAGCGAACUGGCGAAGCAUUUGCAAUUCGAUCUGGUCGAUACGGCCGGCAUGACUGAGGAUCAACUACGCGAAAUACCCUACACAGUGGUGGAGACAAACUCGAAACGUUCAACAAUGAAUAUGAAGAUCCACAAGAGCGGCAGCAAGGGCAGCGUGGGUGGCAAAAGCACCGGUUCGGGUAAUACGUUAACGAAUGGCAGUGGCUCGACUGGUGGACAGGGAAAGAAUCGUGUGGAUCGCAUUAGAGGAAAAUGUGAACCUGGUCAACAAGUCAUCAACAGUGAUCGAAUCAGACUUUAUUUCCAAAGUUCAAAUGUGACUGACAAUGCGAGUGGCCGAAAUGGAUCUAUACGCUCCGCCAGCACAAUAUCUUCAAGAGAAUGUGAACGGAAUAGUGGAUUAGUCAGAAUGAUGUCCAGCAUGAGUAUGGGCGACUUCAUCUCACCAACCGGCUCUAAUCUCAGUCCAUUGGAGAAUUCUGCGCUGCGAGUAUCACACGAACACACUGAUUCAGGCCUUGGAGCUGAUCAAGACUAUGCAUAUUCCUCUGAAAGAUCUAGCGAUAGUACACGUUAUGGAACUAACAAGUCCUCGGGCGCCUCCAGUGGCAGCCAUCGCAAAUCAAUCGGUGGCGGAGGCGGUGGAGGAGGUGGCGGUGGCGGCACAUCCACUUACAACAGCUUAAUGCAGCAAACUGUGAGUAAUCAGCAAAUGCAAUACCAACAACAACAACAACAACAACAAGCUCCGCCUCGCCAAACUUCAUGCUUUGCACAACGCCAACAGCAACAAUCGCAAUCGAAACCCAUUUAUAACAAUCCCAACUCACACAACAGCCACACCCAUCAAAUGGGCAAAACGUUGGCACCCAUACACUCCUCAUCCAGCUCCCUUGGUCCCACAUCCCUUGCAACAACUAACUUUACUAAUGCUAAUGAGAAAUGCGCUUCAAAAGCCUCAAACUCAAAUUCAAAUAACAACUCCAACACCAACAUCAACAACAUCAACAGUAGCAACAGCAGUGGUGUCGGCAAUCGUCUACUGAAUUACACCACAUUCGAGAAUAAUCAAUACAAAUUCAGUUUGAAUAAUGUUUUUGGCAAAGCGACUGGCGCGGCAGCUGGCAGCGGCCAUAACGGUAGUAGUGCCAACAACAGUAGCGGUAACAUAGCGGGCAGUAGUGGUGGUGGUGGUGGAGGUAGUAAUGCUUAUGGUUGUGGUAGUAAUUUAAGUUCUAGCACCAAUCGCAUGGAUAGUUUCGUCGAAUGGCCGAAUACGCCUGCGGCGCCGUACUACUAUCAGGGGCCACCGUCGGUCGCAGGGCUGCACAUCAAGAAGCGCGACGCCAAGUCCGACAUCGGCGUACCCACACGCCGUCUAUCCGGGCAUGCAAUCACCAAAACGCAGCUGCUCACCGGCCAAAUGCCAGCAGCUGGCUAUUAUCACACACCAGCACCCAUACAUACAGCUGGCAUAGGUGGCUUCGAUUCGCGGCUACAGCCGGCCAAGUCCGAUCUCUUUCUCUCCUAUCUGCAUCAUAGUGCGGGCGGGUCAGUUGCAGUUGGCACUGAGUAUGAACGUCCUUAUAUUUACAACUACAAAAUGCCGCAAAUGCCCGACUUUCUGCGUAACACUGGGCUGCAGCAACAGCAACAGCAGCCGCAACAGCCGCAGCAACAACAUGGUCCACCAGAGGGCCAUCAACAAAUGUCCGCUUAUCACAUUUCGGGUGCACAGACCGCCGAUCCGCCGCCACCGCAGUCAACGUUGUAUAAACCCUCAUUCGGUGGGGUUGGUGGCGGCAAUAGUGGGGGCAGUGGCAAUGGUGGCGGCGGUGGUUUGGAGAGCGCAAUGUUAUUUGGUGGCGCCACACCUGCCACUGAUGUACUCUACUACCAGUUCGACAACGGUAAGCCACCCAUCGUUCAGCAACCAAAAUCUUCGCUACACAAGACCGCAAACAACAUAAGCGGCAGCGCGGGUGGCAAUGGCGCCGUGGUAGGGCCGUUAGUAUUCUUGCAAAAUGCCAAUGCCACAUCCAUGUCAUCAGCAACGGCCGGGCAGCAGCCGCAACCGCAGCAGUCACAAACUUGCACCAAUACCAAUCAAUCCAAUACCACAACAACAACCAGCACAACACAAUCGUCAACUGGUAGUGAAGGCAGCAUUGAAGAGUUCAAUGAGGAAGAACUCGCAGAUGUGCAAGAAGUUGAAGAAGAAUAUGACGAAGAACAACACAGCAAGCGGGAGAAGGAAGAAGAGCUACGAGUUGCAUACAAAGAAAACGGCCAAUACCAAACUGAAGACGCCACUUGUGGCGCAGAAGUAAAUGCUUAUAACAAUGAAUUCAAUUUGAAUGAUGAUUUGCAGCCAAUAUCGCCAGCCGAUAGCGGCAACGGCAACGGCAACGGCUACAAUAACUACAACAGCAGCAAUGAAGCCUUGGAAGCAGCUAACACAAACGUCGACGAUUGUAACUGUGAUUCCCUUACGGCAAAUUAUAAUCUGGAUAAUUGCAAUGUCAACAACAAUGCCAAUAGCAGCAAUAGCAGCAAUGCAAAUGUCAUUGCGAAUGCUUUGAAUAUAGAUACCGACACGAAUAACACAUUGCCCACGAACAACCCCCGCACAACCAGCAACAACACGUCCCCAUCCAAUUGUAGUGCCCCGAAUGUCAAUUCGACGCUUAAUCGCAAUCGGUUCAAUAAUUCGCAUUCACAUCUAAAUUCGAAUCAAAAUCAAAAUCUCAAUUCCGAUUCGAAUCCAAAUUUCUUAGCACAAAGCCGGAAUCAAAAUUUAAUGCAAAAUUCGAAUAUAAAUGCGAAUGUGAAUGUGAGCGCACUUCAAAAUCAAAUGCAUCCAAACAUUUCCUCGAGUCUAGAGAUAAUUCUUUCACCAAUUAUACAGAGUAGUCGACGAGCACAAUAGUCGGUGAAAUGAGUACGGAAUUAUGAGAAUUAGCCAAAUUCAAUAGGCGUCAAUAGCCGAAUGUGGAACAGCAAGUGCCAACAUCAGCAAUUUUGGAGCAACAGCAGCAGCAACAAACUAAAAGAGAAGAUUAUUCACAACAACUACAAUGGCAACAAUAUCAACUAGAAUUACAACAGAUGCAUGAGCACCGACCACAGGCACCACCGCCGAGCGCAUUUUGCAAACAUUGGCUGCAGCAACAACAACAAAUACAACGCGCACAGCAAAAUUCAAAUUCACAUCAACUUAAGUAACGAGCUUACAUAUAUAGCAGGAGCAAGUGCAGCAGGAGCAGUGGCUGGCAGCUGCAACAAAUGCAACAACGAACACAGCAGCUACACUACACAGUUUUAGCUUAAAUAUUUAUUAAGUGGUACGGCGACAAGCAUGUAGCAAAAAGACGAAAACCAUGAACAUGUAGCAAGCAGCAAGCGACAAGCGGCAAGCGAAGCAGCACCUGCAGCAAGCAAAAAGUGAGAAUUUACCAAAAAAAAAAAACAAAAAAAAAACAUGCAAAAGUGUAGUUAAAUAGUUUCGUGCAGCGCCCACAUGGUUGUGGUUGUGAUAAGAAUGUAUGUGUGUAUACAUAUACAUAUUAAUACAGAGCAACUUACAUAGAUGUACAUAUACACAUACUAAGUACGUAUUUACAUUUAGACACAAAAUAUUUACAAUGGGUAAUUUUAUUAAAAUGUUGAAAGCAAAAAGACAAGCAAAAUUUAAAACUUCAACUAACUAUUAUGCACUUACAAGUUUACAUGCAUACAUAAGCAUAACUUUGCUAAGCUGUAAGCGAUAUAAGCUAUGCACAUAAACGUGUAUGUUGUAUUGAAGUGAGUGGUUCCAUAGUGAAGCAUACAUGCAGGUAACUGUUUGUGUAGCGAAAAGCUACUUAACUUACAUAUGUAUGUAUAUCAAAUAAAUUUGGACGCAAACGAAAUAAAAUGUAGCCUAAACACAA